UUUGCAAUGGCACACCGUGAUUGCAUCAUGGGUUUCAGUAAAUGACAGGAGGUGAGUGUUGCUCCUUUAGUGUGCUCUUAGAUAACACGCAAUUCCCCUAGGCAUGGGAUGUAAAUAAUUCCUUCACAAGGUUUUUUUUUUUUUUGCCCUGUUGUUCUGCACCUCAUGUAGUGACGCCGCACUCAAGGGAGGUUAGACAUGGCCAGAUGUGGGGGUGAUUGAGGAAUCGUCCUGCAAGGCGCACAGCAGAGGGUGAGACCUGCGCAAAACGUGCUGGCAUUGAAGGAGGGCUGCCAGGUAGCGUCCAACUUUCCAUGCUGCAGCGUGUCCGGAGGGAGCCCAUGGGGUGCCCUGCUGCUGCUGCAGGCUGAGAAUAACGAUGGUUGCUCAGCUGGUGACUGCGAAAGACACUAAGGAUACUGCUGUCAACACGACCGUCCAUUUGACCAGUCCCAUAGGAUGCAGAUGCAUCACCCUGGGAAUCACUGAAGCUAUUUAAUACAAGAAACAUUACCAGGACUCCUGUUGCAGCAAUGGACUUGGAUAAACCAUCCGUUUGGGGAUCUCUGAAACAGAAAACUAGGCCUUUCCUACAAAACUUGAGCAUGAAGAAGACGAGGAGAAGGUCUAGCAAAGUGGUGGAGAGGACGCAAAGGCACUCCUUGGACCGGCGCCUCAGCGUGUCUGUGCCUGACAUGCUGGAGGUCGAGUCUCUCACGGAGGAAGAGGCGACCUACACGAGCGCGCAGGUGCUGUCCACAUACUCCCCCAGCGAUGUUCCCAGCUCCGUUGUGUCUGUGAAGGGCAGAAGUGCUUCCCUGCGGCAGGCAGGAGAGGACUGGCAGUGGAAGCGGCAGGAGUCGGUGCGCAUGGAGGUUAGCGCGGCUGAAUCGGAAACACAAGUUGUGCGUGGCUCCGAGGCCCCACGGAAAUCCAGCAGUGACCUCUUCGAGCUGCUGCAGAGAGCCCGUCUGAGCAGUGACCUGACCGAAGAGGUGGCUGAGUACCCAUGUGAAGGAAUGGAUCUAGACUCUUCCAUGUCAUCUCAGAUUUUUGAUGAUCAGAUGGCUCUUGAGGAAGGAAAUGACUGCUUGAGUAACCUGCCCAGCCCCUUUGCUUACCUGCUGACGAUCCACCUGAAAGAAGGCCGGAACCUGGUUAUCAGGGACCGCUGCGGUACAAGUGAUCCAUAUGUAAAGUUUAAACUGAAUGGGAAAACUCUGUACAAAAGCAAGGUAAUCUACAAGAACCUAAACCCCGUCUGGGAUGAGACUGUUGUACUACCGAUACAGAACCUCAGUCAAAAACUCUGGGUCAAGGUGUAUGAUCGAGAUUUAACCUCUUCUGACUUCAUGGGGUCAGCAUUUAUCGCACUUACUGAACUUGAACUCAAUAGAACUACUGAACAGAUCUUAAAACUGGAAGAUCCAAACAGUUUGGAAGAUGACAUGGGAGUGAUUGUAUUAAACUUGAGUCUAGCUGUCAAGCAAGGCGACUUGAAAAGAAAUAGAUGGUCAAAUCGGAAGAAGCGAACUUCAUCCAAGUCAAGUUUCAUGCGGAGCGUGCGACUUUCUGAUUCUUUACGCAAGAACCAGUUGUGGAAUGGACUUGUCACCAUCACGCUGCUGGAAGGGAAGAACAUCCCAGGAGGUGGCUUGGCAGAGAUUUUUAUUUUGCUAAAAUUGGGAGAUCAAAGAUACAAGAGUAAGACACUGUGUAAGAGUGCAAAUCCUCAGUGGAGGGAACAGUUUGAUUUUCACUACUUCUCUGACAGGAAGGAUAUGUUGGACAUUGAGGUCUGGAGAAAGGAUAACAAAAAGCAUGAGGAGCUCUUGGGAACGUGCAAAGUUGACAUUACUGCCCUGCCAACGAAGCAGACCAAUCGUUUGGAGCUGCCGCUGGAAAAGCAUCCGGGGUCCCUGCUAAUGUUGAUUGCUGUUGCUCCGCGUACAGGCGUUUCUAUCUCGGAUCUGUGUGUCUGCCCCUUGGCAGACCCCAGUGAAAGGAAACAGAUUUCACAGCGCUACUGUAUAAAGAAUUCCUUUCAGGACAUAAAGGACGUUGGCUUCUUACAGGUCAAAGUUUUAAAGGCAGCUGACCUGUUAGCAGCAGAUUUUUCAGGUAAAAGCGAUCCUUUCUGUGUAUUAGAGCUGGGAAAUGACAGUCUUCAAACACACACCGUUUACAAGAACCUCAACCCAGAGUGGAACAAAGUUUUCACAUUCCCUAUUAAAGAUAUUCAUGACGUUCUCGAAGUGACAGUGUUUGAUGAAGAUGGAGAUAAACCCCCUGAUUUUCUUGGAAAAGUUGCCAUCCCUUUGCUGUCUAUUAGAAAUGGUAAACAAAGUUGUUACACACUGAAGAAUAAAGACUUGGAACGUACUUCAAAAGGAGUAAUUUACUUGGAGCUGGAUGUCCUAUUUAAUCCUGUAAAAGCAAGCAUUAGAACAUUCAAGCCACGAGAGAAGCGCUUCACGGAAGAGAACCGCAAAUUUUCUAAAAAGAUCUUAUCAAGAAAUGUUGAUCGCGUGAAAAAAAUCACCAUGGCAAUAUGGAAUACAAUACAAUUCCUUCGGAGCUGCUUUCUCUGGGAGUCCACGGUAAAGAGUGUGAUAGCAUUUGUGGUAUUUGUGGUCACCGUGUGGAGCGUGGAACUUUACAUGGUGCCCCUGGCUUUACUGGUGCUCUUUGCUUACAACUUCUCUCUCAUCAAGACUGGGAAGGUCAGCAGCACCCAAGAUGCCCAGGAGCUUAUGGGCUUAUAUGAAGAUGACGAUGAAGAUGACAAGGAAUCUGAGAAAAAAGGUUUAAUUGAAAGAAUCCACAUGGUCCAAGAGAUCAUCAUAGCCGUUCAAAGCAUCCUAGAAGAAAUAGCAUCAUUUGGAGAGAGAAUUAAAAACACAUUCAACUGGACGGUGCCUUUCCUCUCUGUCCUGGCCUGCUUAGUCCUGCUAGCAGCAACGGUUAUUUUGUAUUAUAUACCACUGAGGUACAUUGUUUUAAUCUGGGGCAUAAAUAAAUUUACAAAGAAGUUUAGAAAUCCCUAUGCCAUCAACAAUAAUGAGCUACUAGAUUUCCUCUCCAGGGUACCAUCUGAUGUUCAAAAGGUGCAGCAUGCUGAAUUGAAACCAUACAGCAGCUCCAGUCCCAUUAGGAAGAAACGGAGUGCGCUCUAGGAUGCUGAGGGAUUUUAGAAUGCAACAUCUCCCUCCGUACCCGUGCGUGCACAUGCCCUUCCCUUCUUUUUUGGUUUGGAACAACACUAUAAUCUCUGCCAUCGACUUUUUCUCCUCAAAGAUGUAGUUUUUAACACCUAAAUGCCUAUCCUGGGUCGUCUUUCUUUUUGGCAUGGAGACCUAGCCCGGAAAGAGCAGGAUGGGAUGUCUGAAGUAGUUGGUGGGGUGGGGAGGAGUAUGGGAGGAGAUGGUGCAACUGGGCUCCCUUUUUUUGCUUCGACUGCUGAGGCAAGGCUGGCUGUGGCAGCACUCCCUGUUUUGUGUAGGAAGAGAUAAUUCCACUUAGUGUAGCAGAUCAGCUGAGCUGAUGUGAGGAGAUGCUCUGAACCAGUUUUUAACAUAGCCAACAGAUUUACAUUAAGAUAUGAGAGCUAUUCUUUUCUGAGUUAAAUCACUGUGCCUAGAAAGGUUUAAGCUCUGAAUUAACAAGUCUUUGAUACUCAUCUUCUGUUCAAGCGGUGUACAUUUUAAAAAGUUUUUUUUAUCAUAAUUAGCAGAAAGAGCUAGAAGCUCCAGCAGUAUCUCAAUAUUUCAUCCAGCACUUGUGGGUUUUUUCUUUUUUUAUUAAGAAGAAAAGCAAGCCCACCCUGCGGUUAACUCCUCAGAUACUGAGAUCACUGGAGAUCCAUUGCGGGCAAUGGAUGUGUCUUCUGCCAUGAAAGGAUUAAGAGGACGUAGAAAAGCCUCACUCACUGACCUGAAAAGACUCUCUUGACUUGCCUUUUAUAAUUCCAUCUCAUCAGAUAUUUUCAGCAUAGCUCUUGUUUUUCUGUCUAAAUCCAGAGGGGUCAACACUACAGCUCUAAGAGAAAAACACUUUUUAGCCUUAAAGAAACAAGUGCUUGUGCAGAGAGCUCGGUGCCCAAAGAAGUGGUUGUGCAAUAGCGUGCAGGCUUUUGCCCACCGCUGAUGUCUUCUUGGAGUCUCUCCUGGCAGUUCAUAAGGAAAGCAGGAGAAAAUGAAACCAUGUGGAAACUGAGCAAUGGAAAGACAUUAAAAAGGACCUCAUUUUCUACUGUGAGGAUAAUGCAAGUUCUUGUUUACUUACCUGUCAUUUAACUAUUGUGCUUUUGCUUUAUAAAAUUUGGAUAAUGGAUGUUGUUUGACUGCGGAAACUCAGAUCCAGAAUCGCACAUAAGCCUGCCCGCUUUUAGUGGGACUGUACCCCUCAGUAUAUUAGGUGCUGUCAGAUGCUGUGGAGGUGACUUGCCACCACGAUAAGUCAUUGACAGUGACAGAGCUGCAGCUUAGUUCCUGUGGUUCCCAGAUGGGCAUCUCUACCAGCAUCCCCUGGAGUGAUUCACAGUGUAAAGAAAUGGAGAAGCCAGGGAGCCAACCAAAGUGACACUUUGGAAAUGAUCUGAUUAAAGGUAAAACUGGGAGUACUUUGCUCAUGGACUGGAGAUCUGAGUGGAGUCCUACUGUGUUGUUCAGUAAUGCCACUUUCUUGUGGGCCUAUUGCAUGAAUUUAGAGAAGGAAAACUAAAGACCAGAGUAUCUUCCGCUGGAUUGUUAUCCAGGUUCAGUGAUUUUCCAAGAAGCUUAUUUGUCGAAGUAACAAGACUCACUGUGCCUCUGAAGAGGCACACUUUUGUAGAUUUAAUUUGAUAAAGAACAUGUUUUGCUCAUGUAAGGCUGUGUGUAGCUGUGUAUGAAAAGGUAGAAGAAAAUUAUCCCAGUUAAAAAGCUACAGAAAUGCCUCUUUGUGUGCAUGUGUGCUUGCAUACCCAUGCAUAUACAAAGUUGUGUAUACAGAAGAGUUCAUAUAUAAUGUAUUUAUAGGUGUGUGUGUGUGGCGGGGGGGAAAUGGGUGAAUAUCCAGAUUUAAAAACGUUCAAAGAAAAUGUUUAUGAAAAAUGCCAAAGAUUCUAAAGCUUAUCAUCUUGUGUCUGUUCUUCUUCAUAUUGUAUCUUUCCCGGCAUGUCUCUCUGGCUGAGCCAGAUCUCUGCAUGAUUUGAUUUACUUCAAGUUAAUGAAGCUGGUUGGAAAGAGCCUUGUAGAAAUUAUAAAAUCUCCAGUAAAUCUCCUACUCGUACAUACAGUAGAUGUCCAUGGACCCCUUUUGUUAAACCACUUUCUCAAUCUUCCGUGUAAACAAUGCCUUAUUGUCUCACUUCAAAGUAUCGUCUAGUUUAUCAUCCUGUAGUCUUGUCAUUUUUUAAGGACCAAAGUCAGACAUUUUUAAGCAGACGUGUGAGAUCUGAUCAUUCAUUUGAGUGAAAACAUUCAAUUGCAGGAAGAAUUGUUUGUUUAUUUAUUCAGAAGUUGGGACUGAUAUUUUAAUAGCUUUUUUUUUCCUAUAGAAUUUUCCACAUGGCACUGAUUUCUGUUCAGGAGACAGGGUGAUGUCUUUUUUUAAUGUAGAUAUGCUGUGUUCCAGAAUAAUUUGUAUUAGAUUAUUAUGCUGGAGCCAUACCAACUGAAGAGUUUGGGAUGCUCCAGUACCUAUAUAUGUUGCAAUGAGCUCUUUGUUAUGAUAAAUGCUGUUUGAAAUGCAAUAAACAUUUGAGUUUAA